AUGCUAAGGAAGCGCACGGAUUUCUAUAGGCAUACACCUACCAGAGCAACUUCAACUUGGUUCGCGUGCACAGAAAAGUUCGGCGCCCGCGACGACGGCCAUGCCAUUCUCCCUCCUUCGAUCACCCUGCCCCAUUCUUCCGCUUUCCAUCACCUCGCCCCAUUCUCCCGCUUUCCAUCACCCCGCCCCAUUCUCCCGCUUUCCAUCACCCCGCCCCAUUCUCCCGCUUUCCAUCACCCCGCCCCAUUAUCCCGCUUUCCAUCACCCCGCCCCAUUCUCCCGCUUUCCAUCACCCCGCCCCAUUCUCCCGCUUUCCAUCACCUCGCCUCAUUCUCCCGUUAUCCAUCACCCCGCCCCAUUCUCCCGCUUUCCAUCACCCCGCCCCAUUCUCCCGCUUUCCAUCACCCCGGCUCAUUCUCCCGCUUUCCAUCACCCCGCCCCAUUCUCCCGCUUUCCAUCACCCCGCCCCAUUCUGCCGCUUUCCAUCACCCCGCCCCAUUCUCCCGCUUUCCAUCACCCCUCCCCAUUCUCCCGCUUUCCAUCACCCCGCCGCAUUCUCCCGCUUUCCAUCACCCCGCCCCAUUCUCCCGCUUUCCAUCACCCCGCCCCAUUCUCCCGCUUUCCAUCACCCCGCCCCAGUCUCCCGCUUUCCAUCACCCCGCCCCAUUCUCCCGCAUUCCAUCACCCCGCCCCAUUCUCCCGCUUUCCAUCACCCCGCCCCAUUCUCCCGCUUUCCAUCACCCCGCCCCAUUCUCCCGCUUUCCAUCACCCCGCCCCAUUCUCCCGCUUUCCAUCACCCCGCCCCAUUCUCCCGCUUUCCAUCACCCCGCCCCAUUCUCCCGCUUUCCAUCACCCCGCCCCAUUCUCCCGCUUUCCAUCACCCCUCCCCAUUCUCCCGCUUUCCAUCACCCCGCCCCAUUUUCCCGCUUUCCAUCACCCCGCCCCAUUCUCCCGCUUUCCAUCAACCCGCCCCAUUCUCCCGCUUUCCAUCACCCCGCCCCAUUCUCCCGCUUUCCAUCACCCCGCCCCAUUCUCCCGCUUAGGGCGGGGUGA